AUCGCAGUGCCUAGUGCCGUGUCGGGUCGCGGUUUGCACUGCUAGAAUGCCAGUCUAGUCUUGGUGCGCCGUUUUCGAGUGAGCCUUUAUUAUCCGUUGUUGUUAUCGCGGUCAAUUUCUGUCGAUCCGAAGAGCGUGCGGCAGGAAUGUUGUCUAAUUCCUGCUGACAUUCCGUCGCGUCGUCGUGAGGUCGACGUCUUCCACAUCGGGCACCGAAUUGCUCUGUUACGUUGUUUGUAAAUAAAAACGGGCUCGUUGAUGCUUCAAGUGAACCUCUGUAUGGAUAGUGCCUUAAAAGAUAUUAGGAUAACGCGAAAUAUCAUCCGACAACAAUGUCAUCCGGUUUGAAGUUGAAUACCAAGAGCAAUCAGCACAAGCGAGUGGGAUCAACGGGUACUACUGGCGAUGAAUCGUAUUCGUCCGAUGAAGAGGACAAUGUGGAAAUCGAGCCGGACAUUACCAUCAGGGACCAUGUAACUAGAAAGUUAUUUCAAGAUAGGGAAAUAUCCGAUAAAGUCAGGGGCUUUGGCAUAAACGACAGAAAUAGCUCGGAUAGUUCAAUGUAUAGCGAUUUAGAUCUAGAAAAAUGCGAUCUCGAAGUAAUUUCGUCUUUCGAUUUGAAGGAUGACAGUGAUAGUAAAAGUGGUGCUAGCGGUAGCGAUCAGGUGGAUUGGUCUGGAUCUGUGGUGCCUUGCAAGGAUCAAAUUUUAGUAGGACUACAAGAAGAACUGAAACAGGCCACAAGGCAAUUAAAAUUGAAAGAUGAAGAACUUGCGAGAGUCAAUAGGAUACGACAAGAUGUUGAAGCUGAACUAGAAGACCUAACAGCUAGUUUAUUUCAGGAAGCCCAUAAUAUGGUUCGGGAAGCAAAUGAGAAACAAGCUGCUGCAGAGAAAGCUCUGAAAGAAAACCAGAUGAAGGUGGACGUUUUAACUGCGGAAGUUACAGCUUUGAAAACGCUGGUACUGACAUCUACGCCAAGCUCACCCAAUCCUCAUUUACACCCACAAAUCUCUAAAGAUGAAGCAGGCGUGCCCAAGAAACAUCGAAGGUCGCCGUCACAUUACAACUUGAAAUAUGGACGAGAAAACUCACCUCCUGACUCACCAGUCAAAGACAAUUCUGUUGCCCUUUUACCAGGAACUGAUUGUGAAAGCAAAGAAAUAUUAGAGGUUGAUCCUGUCGUCCAUAAGGAGUUUCUAGUCUGGCGGCAGAAUCCAGUUCUAGAUAAGAAUGAUCCAUUCGUUCGGAGGGCUUAUCAGGAAGAUAUUGAUAUCUGUUUGACGUUCAGCAAUAAGGAAUUGUCGGACAAGGUAUUAAAUGCAGUGGAAACAGGUGCCGUUUUAAUUGAAGCAGUUGGAGACAGAUCUAAAAUUAUGUUUCCGAAAACCUGUGCUUUGAUGCAAGUGCCAAGAAUUUGUUUUUAUCGAAUGAAUAUUGGAGAUUCUGAUGACUGGUAUAGCAUAUCACAAAUAUGUAGAAAUAGGAUAAUUGCCGUCUGUGAUUUCUUAAAUUAUCUGAAAUAUAUACAACGUGGCUUAGUGAAAAGCUCUUCCCAUGACGUCUACUUGGAAAUUACCAGGCUAAGAAAAAACAUGUCUCUAGCUAGAUUAGGUUUAGAAUUAGGUACCUAAUUAUACCUAUAUUAGGUACCUAUUUGUAAAUCACCGAUCAUGGACAUUUAUGUACAGGGUGGGUCAAAUUCGACGCUUUUAAAUGGGAACACCCUUUUUUUAUAGGAGAUAGACGAUUUUUUUUAUAGGAUAAACUAGUAUAGUAAUAGUGGAGUCUGGAGCUCAUUUUUUAUCAAUAACAUGAUGGUGAAAACGGGGUGUUGUUCAAAAAUGUGUAUUUUCAACAAAUCGCUGUAACUUUUUCG